CCUUUAGCCUGCCACUCGGCUGCAUAAACGAGCAACUUCACCACGCGACCGACGUUGCAGCGCUCUCUUCAUUGCCUUAAUACCCACCAGCAGCAGCAGCAGACCAUGGCGCCCAACACCAACACCAGCGGAGACGUGUGCGUGGAGGAAGUGCGUAGCAGUCUCUCUCUCGACAGCUACGACGUCGGCGCGAUGAUCAGCCCUCGCCCCACCAGCAGCAAGCACAACCCGGAGGACGUUGUCAUUUUCUUUGACUGGGACGACACACUGAUGGCUUCGUCCGCCAUCGCCAAGCUCGGUCUGUGCCCCAAGUACAUUAACGAGGAGCCCGAGAUCCCCGACGACGUACAAGCCGAACUUAAGGAGCUCGAAGAGUCCGUCGUACAACUCCUGGAGACUGCGCUGUCCUACGGUCGUGUGGUUGUCGUGACGGCCGCAGAGAGUGGUUGGGUCGAGCUCUCAGCGUCGCUCUUCAUGCCUCGUCUCGUGCCAUUCUUCAACACUCGCAUCAAAGUCAUCUCUGCUCGCUCCACAUACGAAUAUCUGUACCCGGACUGCCCGCGUCGGUGGAAGAUGGAGGCAUUCAACAAUGAAGUAUUCCCGGUGUGGGAGUCUUACGGCGAGGAGGACUCGGCAGGCAUCCCCCGACAUGUCAUUUCGCUCGGUGACGGCCCGACAGAACGCGAGGCGCUAAUCAACGUCAAGAUGCAGGCAAUGGACGCAUGCCAUGGCAAGUCAAUGAAGUUUAUCGCGUACCCGAAGAUCAGCGAGCUGCAGUUGGAAGUGGAACUUAUCCUUGCCAACAUGGAGCAUUUGUGUACCCACGAGGGCGACCUUGACCUGCAAAUCACGUGGGAAAUGCUCAACGGUGGCGCAUAAUCUGCUGAAGUGCGUGCAGUUCAAGUGAGCGUUGUGGCUCAAUGUGGCGCGGCGCUCAUGCGAUAUCGAGGGUUGACGGACGAGUUUGUGACGCUGCUGUUGCUUGUUCAAUGUUGAUAGAUGUAAAGUAUGACCGCGGGCCCAAUUACGUUUUUGGGAGGGCCCGACAUUGAACAAGUGGCCGAGGAGGAGACGCUCGGGAACUACCAAGCGCAGCAGCACCCGAGUCACGAUGCCGGAAAUGCUGCUACAAGAUGACUGCCGCGAACUGCUAGCCAACUGGAGAAGAACAGCGCUGCUGCCACUUACUUACCAUUACUAUCACUACUACGUACGUACAUAUCCCCAAGAAACCCAAGAAAUAACUUAUAGAUAAAAAAAACAUGUACUUUGUUGUCAA